AUGCAGCUGUACGCGGUAGUGGGAGGCGGGUCAGCGUACAUGAUUACCGAGGUGAUUAACCUCUUCAUGAAGUCACAUGCGAUGCUGAACAGCUACGAGCAUCUGUCGGUCAACGUCGCGUUCGUGGUGACCUAUAGCGUGUUCCUCCUUCAUGACACCACCAGUUCUGCCCGCCAUGUAACACCCUCCUUCCAGGUACCUGCCAUUCCCCAAGGGCACGCUGCAUAUGAUUGCAUCAGUGCCGUACACAUGUGUGGCGGUCAUGUUCUUCUUCCACUCCACGGGGCACAACGGCCCCAUCGAGGCCCGCUACCACAUCUUCCUCAUCCUCCUCCUCGCAGCCACCGCCCUCACAUUGCUCCUCACUGGCGCCUUUCCCAGAAGCUUCCUCCUGGAUACGCUUUCGAAUUUGAGAAUCAUACUGGACGGCGCGUGGUUGUUGGGUUCUAUGCGCUUGCUGCGCUGAGCGCUCCCAGCAGCUCCAUUGACUUCAUUCUUGGCACAGAUUCUUGUACAGAUGGCUGCAACCCGAGCAGUGUUUUUGUCACCUCUGCUGCUGCAAGUGCUGUGGUUCAUCCCUGGACUUCUGAUGCGGUCCAACUCGCCACGAAAGGUCAAGCCGUGCCCAUGGCUGCUGCUGUUGUGGACAUGCAGGGCGAAGAGGCAAGCUUGCUUGGAGACAAGGAACUCGCUGAGUGA